GGUUGAUUGAAUUUGGAUGGACAGAGCGUCCUUGCAAUUCAGUUUCAAGUAGUACCAUAAAUCAUUACACAACACAACACAAAAAUACAAAAACAAAGGCCGAGAAAAAAUGAACUAGUUUUUGUGGUCCUCACUCAUCAUUACUGAAGUCAUCCAUUUAAGUACUUCAUUCACCACCUAGCUUCAAGCUCACUCAUCACAAUCACAACCCUUUGUUGAUGGACCGGGGUGGUGGUGAAGACGCGCCGCUAGAGGCGAAGAGGGAGCCUAAGCCGGAUGAAGAUCAUAAUAAUAAUAAGAAGAAGAAGAAGAAGAAAGAAGUGCCGGUGACAUGUGUUAGCGGGAAGAAAGGUUCCGGUGGCGGCAUGCGGUGUUGUCAAGCUGAGAAGUGCAAGGCGGAUCUUGAGGAGGCAAGGCAGUACCAUAGGAGGCACAAGGUGUGUGAGUACCAUGCCAAGGCUCAGGUGGUUCUUGUUUCUGGCAUUAGACAACGCUUCUGUCAGCAAUGUAGCAGGUUCCAUGAGAUAGGUGAAUUUGAUGACACAAAACGAAGUUGCCGGAGCCGUUUGGCCGGACACAACAAACGGCGAAGAAAGAACUCUGAUUCUCAAGCAGAAGGGUCGAGGCGCAAAGGGAUAUGUCCUCGGUUGAAGAAGGACACUGCCUGUGGAGAUGAUAGGAGCAGAAUUCAGAUUGCAAUCCAAGAGAGUGGAGCUUAUAAACAUUUCCAGAUAAGAUGAAAAAUGAAACUUCUUUCGUUUAAGCUUAAUUGCUCCCUCUCUUCUGUCAUCUUGGGAAACUUACUAUUGUGUUUCGUAAUUAAUCUGUUCCUAUGUCACAUUAGUGGUGAAGAUAUGCAAUUUGAUAAUAAAAACACUCUUCUUUCUUCUGGAUA